CCACAUUUUCCAGUUAAUGAGUGGCUGUGAGUGGGAUGAGGAGACUGGACAGAUUACUGGCUAUCGACAGUAUGGCUAUGAUGGGGAAGACUUUGCAAUAUGGGACACGGGGACAAACACAUGGAUCCCUGUAAAACAACAGGCUAAAAUUGCUACAGACAUAUGGAACAAUAACAAAGCUGAGUUGGAGUCUAAUAAGAACUACUUCAACCAGAUUUUUCCUGAGUGGCUGAAGAAGUAUGUUGGCUAUGGAAGGAGCUCUCUGAUGAGAACAGAUCUUCCAUCAGUUUCCUUUCUCCAGAAGACUUCCUCCUCUCCAGUCAGCUGCCACGCUACAGGUUUCUACCCGAACAGAGCUGAGAUGUUCUGGAGGAAAGAUGGAGUAGAGGUUCAUGAUGGUGUGGACAAAGGAGAGAUCCUCCCUAACAAUGAUGGGACCUUCCAGAUGAGUGUGGACAUAGAUCUGUCCUCUGUUGCAGCUGAAGACUGGACCAAGUAUGAAUGUGUGUUUCAGCUCUCUGGAGUCAAAGAAGACGUCACCCACAGACUGGAGAAAACAAGGAUCUUGACCAAUGAAUCAAAUACCAUCAAUCUGAUCAUCCCUGUUGUUGUUGCUGUGGUUCUCCUUGGUCUCAUUGGUCUGAUUGGAUUCAUUAUUUACAAGAAGAAGAAGAACGUCAGCCGUUCUCCUCCUCCUGUGGAGAACCCUCAGGCCCCAGAGGAAACCCAGUUUCUUCCAGAACCAUGAAGAAACAGAACCAGGACGACACAAAGAAGUGAGUUGCUGAAUGUUGAACAAAGAUGUUUUUAAUAAACAUAAGACCUGAAUGUAACAUUUUAUUUCCUGUAAAAGUUUGAGGCAUGUUUGAAAUUGAAAAAUGUUUGAUCAUUUUAAAUUGGACAUUUAUUAUCAUGGUCAUUUUUUAAGGUGAUAAUUUGAUAAACUUUUAUAACAGUUUGUCAGAUAAAUCAAUGGAACAAUUUCUGGUAGAAAUAUUGAAUCUACUUUUAGAGGACGGUUAGUCAGCUUUACUUUUUGGAAACGAUCAUGGAUAUGACUAAACUAUUUUGUUUAUUUAGCAAGUAACUUAUUUUUAUUAAAAACACGUCUUUAUGGAUCAUAUGGAAUAACUCAAUAUUAAAAAAGAAAAUUAUGUAACAAUUUUAAAUUGAGGCAGUUCUGUUUUACAAUCUAUGGAUCGUUGAGAAUUUAAUAUUAAAUAAACAAGUUGUGAUUUUAUUACAGCUGUUGGGUUCUGUAGCUUUUAAUGGACAUUAUUUAGUUUAACUUAUUAAUUUCUAGCAUUUUGUUUUAACUAAAUCUUUGUCAUUUUGUCUCUGUAGGUUUAUGAAUAAAGUUUUAAACAAACAAGAGCACCACUUUAAUUAUUAUUGGUAAAAUGUAAUUCAAGUCAAAUUUUAACAGAUGUUUUAUGGAUCCAGUUAUAAAAUUGAUAAAUAUUGUACAAUACAUUAAUUGGUUUAAAUGCUAUUAAAUCAAACAGGAAUUAUUGAUGAUAUUUUUCUUGUCUGGAAAGACGUAAACGAUUAAACAAAACAAAACUUUUCAUCCAAACACAAAUAUUUUGACCAACAAUUUAUCUGGAAAAAUCAAACAUUUUAUCUCACUUCAUAUUGUCUCUGGUUUCUGGGUUUUCUUAUAUAUAAAUAAAUCACUAAUGAAUGAUGUUACACAUGUAGAUUUACAUAAACAGACUAAUUUCAUUUUUUAUUCUGCAUUAGAAAUGUAUUGUUAGAAUGAUGCCUUUUAUUCCGUUGGAUGAAAAUAUUUGUAUGACAGUAAAUAAAACCUUGAAUAUUAAUCAGAAUUACAUGGAAGAUAAAACAGUGUGAGAUAGUUAGUGUAACAGUAAGUUGUGUUUAUGUGUUAAACUGUUCUGAUCCAAUCAACUACCGAUACAUUAAUCCCUCUAGCUGUCAGAUAUUCAUAACAACUGUUUAAAUUCCUUUAUAAAUGUUUUUGAGGGUAAAUUUUAUAUUUUCUGUUAAAACACUUUUAUCAAAAUUUUUAUAGGUUAUUCUGUCUCUUCAGAUAUUUCUGUUUAAUGUAUUCUUUAAAACAUAUUGUGUAAGGAACAUAUUUUUGCUAUUUUAAAGACAUCUGUUACAUAAUUUCUUGUGUUGGGUUUAGUAUACUGGUGUUGUGUUGAAUCCAUCCCAGUAAAUUUAGUUUGCUUUUAAAUAAAUUUCCACCAAAUCCAA